AUGUAUACGCUCAAAAGCGCCGCUACAUCGAGCAUAUUGUUAGUGUGGUUCAAAAACCGCCGCGCAAAAUGGCGAAAACGAGAGCGAAAUGCCGCGAACGCAGCGGCAGCUGCAGCAGCAGCGGACUUCAAAACAGGCUUCAGCACCGCGGGCUUGAACAGCUUCAUCGGCCGUGCGGAUGUCGACGCGAUGUACAGUUCGUACAGCUCCUACAACAACUGGGCCGCAAAAGUCCCCUCGCCUUUAAGCAGCAAGAGUUUCCCCUGGGUGAACCACCUGGGCACGGUAGUGCCUGCGGCCUCCCACCAUCACCACCACGCCCAGGUGGCGCCAGUAAACUGCUUUAACACCUCGACCUCCGUGGCCGGUAGCCAUGUGGGCGGAAUGUCAAUGUCCGUAGGGCAAGCCGCGACUUCGAUGCUCCCUGGGAUGGGGUCAGGCCUCGGAGUAGCUGGGUCUCCCGUGGCGGCUUCCGGCGCUGCUUGUCCUUAUGCGGCUCCAGCCGCUCCGCAUCCGUACGGCCCCUCAGUCUACACUCCCCACCACCGCGCAACUGGCCCUCCAGAACCUUGCACGCUCAUGAACAGCAGCAUCACUUCCCUGAGACUCAAGGCCAAGCAGCACUCCAGCGAGUACGGCUCUGCCAGUUCAUUCAGCACAGGUGGCACCACUGGCGGCGGAGUUUCCGCUGGAAGCAUCAGUCCUGUCAGUUCUAGGGCUUCCUCAGGCGGCGGUUUAAGUGCUUGUCAGUCCGCCGGGUCUCCGAUGCUGUCGUCGACUCCCUCAUCUACGACCUCCCAACAGCACUACCUCAUGUACGACGAAGACAACACCACGGCGGACCAGAAGAUUAACGAAGACAGAAUGAUUCUCAACGCCACUGCGGCUACGGAAAAUCUUAUGGCCAGUAGCGGGAGUGGGAGUGGAAGCGGAAGUGGCAGUGGAAACAGUAGCGUAGCUUCAGGAGGUACUUUUGGUAUGGGGAUUGGCAUGAACAGUGGCGCGACUACUGGCCACGGCGGAAGGCUGCCUGGGUACUGGCAACAUGCGGCUACCUCUGCGGCUGGCUACUGGUUGAAGAAAAAAAUGAAGAUAUUUACAAGCCACAACUCCAACAAUGCAAUGCAUACAUUUAUCAUCCCUAAAAGUACAAAUUGUCACUUAAUAGACGAUAACUGGCGAGGAACAUCAGUGGCACAAUAA